GGUGGACGCGCAGACAUAGGCGGGGCUUAGCAACUGACAGCAGUGUGCAGAAAACUUUGUUAGCCGCAGCUGCUAACUUCGCUCCAUCGUCUGUUUAGCGAUGUCAGCGGCUUAAAGCAGCACCCUCGAGAGAAUGGACUACGAAGGAGAGGGCGAUGGAGACUUGUGCAAAUGGAGCAGUUUAGAGGUGCUGAUGAACAGCAAAAAUGACAUCAGAGCACGAGUGCAACAGUUCGUGGAGGAGAGGAUGCAGACCACCAUGCUCACAGGUGUCCUUAUUGGAGCUGCAGUUGCCGUUUCAUUGAUUGGGAUCGUGGUGCUCUUCCUUUACAGGAGAUUCAAGCUCGCACGUGAACAGCAGCCAGGUGUGCCUCACUAUCGCUUCAGAAAACGAGAUAAAGUGCUUUUCUACGGAAGGAAGAUAAUGCGAAAGGUCCAGACGCUGUCCGCGAUUCCUCCUCCCACUUCUACCUCAGUAUCAAAGCAACCGCAGCGCAUACGCAAAAGAACAAAAGUUCUAAGCAUAGCUCGCAAAAUCCUGAGGAUCCGUAAAGAUCCCCCCACCCUGCAGCCCAAAGAACCUCCUCCCUCCCUGCUGGAGGCCGACCUAACAGAGUUUGAUGUGCAGAGCUCAAACCUCCCCUCCGAGGUCCUUUACAUGCUGAAGAAUGUCAGGGUCCUGGGUCAUUUUGAGAAGCCCCUGUUUUUAGAGCUGUGUCGCCACAUGGUGUUUAUCGAGCUGCAGGAGGGCGAAGGUCUAUUCAGGCCAGGAGACGAUGACGACAGCAUCUAUGUAGUCCAGGAUGGACGACUUGAGCUCUGCAUCCAGGAGAAUGAUGGUACAGAACCAGUUGUGAAGGACGUGCACCCAGGGGACAGCGUCCACAGCCUGCUCAGUAUUCUGGACAUCAUCACUGGUUAUCCAGCUCCGUAUAAGACGGUAGUGGCACGGGCUGCGACUCGCUCCACCAUCUUACGUUUGCCUGCAUCAGCCUUUGAGUCUGUGUUUAAGAAAUACCCAGAGACACUUGUUCGUGUCAUUCAGAUAAUCAUGGUGCGCCUCCAAAGAGUCACCUUCUUGGCGUUACAUAACUAUCUGGGCCUAACAACUGAGCUCUUCAAUCCGGAGAGUCAGGCAGUGCCCUUGACCAAUAUAAACAGUGUGAUGGCAGAGGCGAAUUCUGGGAAGACGACCCGCCGCUUGCACUUCCAGGACGAGUUACCCACUGGGACCACAGAGAGCCCCACUGAGACAGAUGGUAUAAAGGACAACCCUUCAAGCAGCUACAGGAAGCAGCGAUCCGAUCCGAUGCCCACCGACUGCGCAGGUAACGAUCUGAACAUGGCUUGUGAACGAGCUCGAGUCACUAUAGAUGAGCCUCCAUCCAGUCCUGUCACUCACAAAUCCAGCCUCAAGAAGAGUGUGACUAUGCAGCACACUCCCUCUGAAGUGUUUCACUACACAGACAGUGGGGGGCAGUCUGAUACCAUCCACCUCAGUAAGAGCAGCACAAUCCUCCAAGCUGCUAAGCGAGACCUGCUGGGAAUCAUCCAGCUGCAGGACCCCACUCUACUCGAGGGCAGAGUGACCCUCCACCAAGUCAAAGCUGGUUCUGUGGUGGCUCGUCAGGGAGACCAGGAGGUGAGCAUCCAGUUUGUCAUUUCUGGCCUCCUCCAUGUUUACCAGCGGAUGAUCGACCGAGAAGAAGACACACGUCUGUUUUUGACACACCCUGGAGAGCUUGUUGGCCAACUCGCCGUCCUCACUGGAGAGCCGCUCAUAUUCACCGUUCGCGCCCAGAGAGACUGCAGCUUCCUCUCCAUUUCCAAAACCCACUUCUAUGAGAUAAUGCGUGUGGAGCCAAAAGUCGUGCUGAAUGUUGCUCAUACAGUGGUGAGGAGGAUGUCAUCUUUUGUCCGACAGAUAGACUUCGCUCUCGACUGGAUGGCUGUGGAAGCUGGCAGGGCGGUCUACAGGCAGGGAGAGAAGUCGGACAGCACUUUCAUAGUGCUGAGUGGUCGACUGCGUUCUGUAAUCAUGAAGGAGGAUGGCAAGAAGGAGCUGAUAGGAGAGUACGGACGUGGCGACCUGAUUGGAGUGGUAGAGGCCCUGACCCAUCAGAACAGAGCCACCACAGUACACGCUGUACGAGACUCUGAGCUGGCAAAGUUACCAGAGGGAGCUCUCAGCUCCAUCAAGAGAAAGUUCCCACAGGUUGUUACCAGGUUGAUUCACCUACUAGGACAGAAGAUCCUCCAGCAGGUCAAUGGUCCUCUGACAGCUCGCAGUUUGGCCCUCCAUACCCCUGGCAGUAAGUGGGAUGCAGGAAACCAAGCCUCUAAUCUCUCCACUGUGACCGUCCUGCCUGUAUCAGAAGAGGUACCUCUCACUGCCUUCACCCUGGAGCUGCAGCAUGCGCUCCUCGCAAUAGGUCCCACUCUUCUUCUGACCAGUGAUAUUAUCAAACAGCGACUUGGAGCUGCAGCAUUAGACAGUGUCCACGAGUACCGUCUGUCCAGCUGGCUGGGCCAACAGGAAGACCUCCAUCGCAUAGUUCUUUACCAAACGGACUACACGCUGACACCGUGGACACAGCGAUGCAUCCGCCAGGCUGACUGCAUUAUUAUCGUGGGACUGGGAGAGCAGGAUCCUGCUGUUGGGGAGCUGGAGCGUAUGUUAGAAGGAAGUGCAGUGCGUGCCCAGAAGCAGCUGGUGCUGUUGCACAGAGAAGACGGCCCCCCGCCCAAAGGAACUGUGGACUGGCUCAACAUGCGAAGCUGGAUAUCCAGACACCUCCAUCUCUCUUGUCCCCGAAGGGUCUUCUCUAAGAGGAGCCUGCCCAAACUGUUGGAGCUGUAUCAACGUGUGUUCGAGAAGCCAGCAGACCGCCACUCAGACUUCUCCCGCCUGGCUCGAGUCCUCACAGGCAAUGCUAUCGCACUUAUUCUAGGCGGAGGAGGGGCCAGGGGCUGUUCCCAGGUGGGGGUAAUGCGAGCUGUCUGCGAGGCUGGCAUCCCAGUGGACCUCAUUGGUGGCACCUCUAUCGGUUCUCUGAUGGGGGCACUCUACGCUGAGGACCGUAGCUACAGCCGCAUGAGGAUGAGGGCCAAAGAAUGGGCAAUGGAAAUGACUUCAGUGUUUAAGAAGGUUCUGGAUUUGACAUACCCAGUUACCUCCAUGUUCUCCGGGGCUGCCUUCAACUCCAGCAUCAGCAAUGUCUUCAAGAGCAAACAGAUUGAGGACCUUUGGAUCCCGUAUUUCAAUAUCACAACUGACAUCACUGCCUCGGCCAUGAGAGUACACACUGAUGGUUCAUUGUGGCGGUAUGUUCGUGCCAGCAUGUCUCUGUCUGGGUACCUGCCUCCUCUCUGUGACCCAAAAGAUGGGCACCUGCUGAUGGACGGAGGCUACAUCAACAACUUGCCAGCUGAUGUGGCUCGCUCCAUGGGGGCCAAAGUGGUGAUAGCUAUUGACGUGGGCAGUCGGGAUGAAACCAACCUCACUAAUUAUGGCGACUCGCUCUCAGGCUGGUGGCUGCUAUGGAAACGCCUCAACCCCCUAGCGGAGAAAGUAAAGGUGUUGAACAUGGCAGAGAUUCAGACUCGGCUGGCCUAUGUGUGCUGCGUUAGGCAGCUAGAGUCUGUGAAGAAUAGUGACUACUGCGAGUACAUCAGACCUCCAAUCGACAGAUAUCGGACACUUGAGUUUGGCAAGUUUGAUGAGAUCGCUGAGGUGGGAUAUCAGCAUGGAAAGACUGUGUUUGACGUGUGGAGUCGCAGUGGAGUCGUGGAGAAGAUGUUAAGAGACAGACAUCAGGAGGAGUUCUACAACACCCAGUGCAAGAACAAUGUGGUCACAUGUCCCAAUGCUUCUUUCACUGACCUGGCAGAAAUUGUGUCCCGCAUCGAGCCUGUCAAACCUGCCCUGGUGGAUGAGGAGUCAGACUACCACACUGACUACGAAGAGGAGGCAUUGGAGAGUGCUCUGUCUGACUUGGAGCUAUACAAUCGCUACGGAGAGCACACUGAAGGGGAGGAGACUGGUGACACGGAUGAAGAGCUUGAUGGGAGACGUGGACGCCACAUUACCUCACUCACCAGCGGCCACCCUCAGUCCCCCACCGCCUCUGACAGUUCACUGGACCUGCCGUCAAACAUGGAAGACCUUUCCAAACUGUCCGUUAAGUAAAGACAGGUCUAAUGGACUUUGCUUCGAACAGGUCAUCACAAAUACUUGCCCGUCUUCACCACAUUUUACCCUCCGGUCUGUCCUACGUGACUCAAAACCUGUCCCCUGCCCCUGAGACUGUCAGCAUGACAGUGAUUACCAUUUUGCCUUCCGUAACCUGGCCUCUUUAGCUGGCUGAAAAAAAAAAAAAAAACUGAAUACAGGCAGCUAGUUAUCACAUUUACUCAGAUGCAGAUCCUAUGCAUUCCUAUUGUACAAGAACGGCUGUGAGUGUAAUCAUUUCUCAUAUUGAGAUAGUCAUUUCUUUAGCUGUACAUGAACCACAUCAGUCCAGUGGAAGACAGAAGGUAGGAAAGGUGAGGAAAUAGUAUUGAAUGAAUGAUUUAAGCUAGUUAAAGAGUCAGUUCACCUAAAUUACAAAAUAACUUUCACCUCUGUUAUCUAGAUGCACCGAUAGUUUUGAUUUGCCACACGGUGCAUUAAAGAAUUACAUUAAAAAACUCAAAUUUGGCUAUGUACACCUCUUCAGGCCCAUGAAAAUACAUCUUGCCUUGCUUACAGCUCCUCUCCACAGUAAUGCCACAAGCUGUAAUGAGGAGUCAUAACUAGACAUCGCCUAAUUUUAAGGGGUCACAAGCAAAAGAUGUUUAAUGGUUAACACUGCUUUGAAAUAAUUUGCAGAACACACACACUGUUUUGUCCUCCAGUAGAAAGUAGAUCCAAUGAGGUCUGUGGAUUGUCCCGUGACACUGUUUCUAAUGCGAUAUGUUGAAUUUUUCAUAUGUAGUUUUUCAGUGCUGCGAGCGUGACGUACAAUUCCAUUAAUCUCGCUCACAUUUGGAAACAGAUAUUUGAAACAUGAAUAAUAAAAUAAAACCCAAACUACAUGGUUAAAUGUAAAACAUAUAAUAUAAAAACAUAAGUCUACCUGCCCAGAUAACCACUACUAUAAGACAAACACACUGAGUGGUCACUUCAUCAUGUACAACAGUCAGUCUAAUGCAUACCAAUACGACCGCCCUGCUCUAACAUCAUCUACGAAGUUCAUCAUUUUUUUUGGUGGCCAUGUUGGAAAAUAAAUCUUUAAAUAAAUUAUGAAUGCGGCAACAAGUAUAUAAAUAAAUGUAAAUAUAGAUGUAUAAGUGAGUCACGAGAAAUAGUUCACUAAAUAAUAAAUAAAUAGGCGCCUGACACCUUCCUCCUCAUGAAGCUCCUGUGCGAACAGUGUAAACACUCCCCCUGAGCUCGGCAGCUACAAUUAGCAUCAGUUAACGGUUAAUUUAGCAACAAGUAAAACUACCUGUCAAUCACCCAACUCCAUCAGUCACAGAGAGCUGAAGCAGAACAGGAUGUCAGGAGCCAAAUCUGGCAAGAAUACCACACCCUCCUCAUUUGAACAUAACAGAAAUGAAAUAAACCGGGGGAAUAAAUGUGGCAUUAUAAAAGAAAAUACAUGUACAUAGACAUUUAUUUAUUUAUUUAUGCCUAUUACCUCAUUUACUUUCAGGAUUUAUUUUAAAAUAUUGACUAAAAUAAAUCCAACAUAUUGAGAGGUGUAUGUAAAUAUAAAAAUAUAUAGGAAAUAACCCAUUCCAGCACCACACCGUCACUAACUACCAUAGAUCUCAGAUAUAGAAAAGUAGACUUCAGGGCUAAACAGUUGUUGGAUUGCAUCAGACUGUACAGGUGUACCCAAUAAAGUGGCCACUGAGUGUUCUGUUGUUGAGCUAAUUACAGCAAACUAAUAUAAAUUGGCAUGUGGGUACGCAUUGUUGUGUUAAGAUAGCUGAAGUCUAUCUUCAGACCCUGUGCUUGGAUGUUUUGUACACUCCGUUUUUGUAAUGAUCCUCACCGACACAAGCCUAAUUUAAAACCAGAAAGAGAGCACAACAGGCAGCACUCUGCGAGGCCGUGGCUGUCAGCACAGCUUUGUCGUACCCAGGGUGCCAGCGACAUGGAGGGAAGUAAUGACUGCAAUCCACUUCAAAGCACUAGUUUCCCUCUCAGCCGGGGAGACAGCCCCUUUGCCCCAUCUGUUUUCUGGCUUCAGUCUAUCAGACACAGACUGAGCAGCAGACAGUGUGGAUCUGUUGGGUGAACUCAGAAGCGCCACUCAUCCCAGUGCAGUUUAUGUACUGGGGCUAUUUGCAGCAGGGUAGUUCUUCACAGGAACAUGUUGUAACACAAAUCAUUUGGCCUGUCGAGACAUGUUUUUUUUUGUGGUUUUGAUCUAAUUUAGCCUUCCAUGAUAAGAUGAUCAGAUUUUUCUUGCACAUAUACGUUAUAGUCAAAAUAGUGAACAAUUCUAUAUUUUCAUAUUUAAGCCAUGAAUGUAUACAACUUAAGCCCUACAUGAUUUUAUUUACUUUUAAGUCAAAAGCUGGACAAUCAUUCCAGACACUCAAAGCAAUGCACAAAUUGUUUUAUAGCCUUGUUUAACAUAACCUCUUCACAGAGUUAACCUAAUCUCAGUCACAACUGGGGCUGCAACUAACGAUUAUUUUCAUUAUUGAAUAGUGUGAUGAUUAUUUUUUUGCAAGUAAAAUUAAUCUUGUGUCAGAAAAUGGUGAAAAAUUAAUAUCUGAACUUCCUAGAGUCCAAGGUGACAUCUUUAAAAUUGUGCUUUUAGUCGGACCAAUGCUCCAGAACCCAAAGAUAUUCAGUUUAAUAUAAAGUAAUUCCAGGAAAAGCAACAAAUCGUCACAUUUGAGAACUGGAACCAUCAAAUGUUUGGCUUUUUUUGCUUGACGGACGGCCUAAACAAUUAACUGAAUUAUCACAAUAGUUGGUGAUUAAUUUUCUGUUCAUUGUCUAAUUGCUUCAGCCCUAAUCACAACAUUACAAGAGUCCUAACAAUACUGCAUGACAAUGACAACAAACAACAUACCUUUUAAAAGAAUUCUGACAAAGUUACGUAUCGUCUGAUGUUAAAGUACCAACUCUAACAUCAACCGAUAAUAAUAAUAAUAAUAAGCUUUCCAAUUUAUCAGUCAGGCUCUCAUCAUUAAAAUAUCAAUGCAACAAUUUUUAUUUUCUUCCCAUUUGAUACAGCACCCCGUGAGCCUCCCUGUGAGAAGCUGUGAUCUUAGCUAAUACUGGUGCUACAGUGCCUGCAGCCUUACAUAUGUACACAGUAGGAGAAAUCCUGUGAUAAACACUAUGUGGAUCCCAUAUGGUGUCGGCUAAAUGGAGUCUGGACACAGAAACGUGUGAGCGAGGCAGAGAUGGGAAAACAUUUGCCGUUUACCAAUGAGCUAAUGGUGUUUGCACUUUUUUUUUUUUUUUUGGGUGGUUUCCAAAAAACCGAGCACAAUGAAUCGAUGUUGUCUGGCAGAAUGAAUGUUUCUACUUUAUUAAAUGGGACAUGGUAAUGGAUGAAUUGCUUACGUAAUGGGUGGAACGUUGCCAUGAAGUUAAUGUUACAAAGCCUUAGAUGACCCAUUCGCAAAAAAAACAAAAAAAACAAACACUCGUGCCCUCAUUUGGCUUGUAUUUUUACAGCAACGGAAGAUGUUUACCUGUAAGGAUGUACUGAAUGACAAUAGUUACUUGUCUAUAUUUAUGUUAUUUGAUAAAUGUUUUAUAUAUAAAUAUGUAUAAUCAAUUGUUACUAAUAAACCACUAUUUGUUGUGUA